AUGGAGAACAACAAUUUGGCGGCUACCUCCAGAGGUCAAGGACCCCCGGACCCCAACCCACAGCAGGAUCGGCAAGGUUUAAGAGACAGAGUUCAAAAGGUCAGGUCCAACGCAUUUGAGAUUGGACGGAAGGAGAUGGACGAGUACAAAUCAAAGGCCGUCGACCUACCCGAUCAACCCGACGUAGCGCCACAGUUCACACGAGAAGAGAUCCUCGGUUUAGAACCCAAGAGCGAGCAAGCACCAAGAGACGGGCAGUUAGCUCUCCCGGCACCGCCAUCAACAUCCGCAGAUGACCCCCAAGGUCUCUAUCAACCACCGCCUGACUGGAUGUUGCCACAAUCGAAACCAGCGAAGCCUAAGAAGCUAGCACCUGCAGAUGUCCCCGAAUCCGAAGCUUCGGCAUUCGAGCCGUAUUCUAGCUUCCAUCUUUCGCAGCGCAUUCUGCCACACCAGGUCCUAACCAGACACCUCUCUGAGAAAAAGAUUUUUAAGUUACCAGAUUUACUCCGGAAAGUCAAGGGGCCCGAGUUCCAGCUUCCCGAUAUCGAGCAAGAUAUCGUCGUCUUCGCCAUUGUGGCAAAAAAGUCGGAACCACGCUCGCAUAAACCCAGACCGGAUCAAAAAGGGAAACAGACAGACAAGGGCAAAUACAUGGUGAUUACGCUGUGUGAUUUGAAGUGGGAGCUUGAGCUGUUCCUCUUUAACUCGGGGUUCACUCGGUUCUGGAAGGUCACAGAAGGCACUGUGCUGGCAAUCUUGAAUCCUACGAUCAUGCCGCCACCGGUUGGCCGCGAAGCCACUGGUCGUUUCAGUUUGGUCAUCAACUCGGAUGCCGACACAAUCAUGGAAGUAGGGAAGGCUCGGGAUCUGGGCUUCUGCAAAUCCAUAAAGAAGAACGGCGAGUACUGCAAUUCGUGGGUUAACAAGAAACGAACAGAGUUCUGCGAGUUUCAUACCAACGAGGCAGUCUCCAAGCAGCGCGCAGCACGCAUUGAGAUCGGCACCAUGGAUUUCGGCAUGAGUGGUGCAGAGAAAUGGCGAAUGAACUCUCGUUACGUCACUAAGCCUCCUACCGCGGCAGAACAAAAGAAGAGCCAAUACGACAGGGAAACACAUAGCCAUUGGUUUGCCACGAAAUCCAUGAGCGCGGCGCAGCUUAUAGAUGGUGCCCAGGCUCUCGCGGAUCGGAGGGAGAAGGAAGAGGGGCUGAAGAAGCGGAUGCUUCAACAAGAGCGAGAACGCGGAAUCAUGCAGCGUCUGGGCAAGAUCGGCACUGGUGCUGGAAGGGAUUACAUGAAAAGGGCAGAACGUGGUCCUACUUCCAGUGUAUCCGCUUCCUUCCCUCCGCCGGGACCGUCAUCAUCCAACGCCAUUGAAGAAGAAGCAAAGCCCGAUGCUAAAGCUCUGGGUCUGGUAGGAUCGAGGAGUAGGGACCUCGCAAUCCACCUGAGCCCUAUUAAACGCAAGAGGCCGCAGAGUGCGCAAUCCAGUUCUUCGGUCGGUGCUCCAGCAUCAGCAACAACUGGCGCGAAGUCUGGUUUCGGUUGGGGUGGCAACCUCAAGGACAAGCUGAGCAAGAUGAAGGAGGGCGAAAAGUUGAGCAAUGACAAGCCACCGGUCCGGAAAAAGACGAGAUUCGUGACGGAGAAGGGCAUUCGCGAAGCUGGGAGAGAGAGCUUGGGGAUGGACCUGCCACGGACAGUUUCCUUUGAAGAUGAUGAUGACGACUUGGUUAUUCUUCGGUGA